AUGGAUGAGGAGCAGCUGCUGCAGAACGCUUCAGCUUCAGUUUCACUUUCACCGCGUCUGACGUUCAACUGCUCCGUCUGUGCCAACAAGUCUCCGUGUGUUUUUAACAGCUGUCCUCCUGCUGGUCUGAUGUGGACUGAGCAGAUCUCUCCUCACCUCCAGAGAAACAAACAGCUGCAGGACACUCUGCUGCAGAGGGAAGAGGAGCUGGCCCGACUGCAGGACGAGAACAACAAACUCAGAGAGUUCCUCAACUCUUCUUUUGUGAGAAACCUGGAGCAAAAGGCAAAGAAGCUGACCUCUGACGGGAGGAAGCUGAAGAGAAACCUGCUGCACGUUGAUGACGGACCUUUCCUGAACCGCCGUCCUCAGCUCAUGACCUCCCAGCAGGCCAGCAAGAGAGUCUGCAGGAACCUCACUGCCGAGUUCUGCUCCGAGUCCUCCGAGACGUCCUCUGAACCAAACCUGGACCUCUGGGUCCUACGAACGCUGGGACUGAAGGACCGAGACACCAUUGACACGUCCAAUGACUCCUUAACUGGAUACAGCCUCAGCAGUUUAGCCGAUGAAGCUUCAGUCACCUCCGAAUACUCUCUCAGCUCCUCGUUCAGCUCGCCACUUGCCACCUCAACGCCUUCGUCUGUCCAAAACUACCGCCAAAGUUUGACACCACCAGCUGAUUAUAGGUUCAGUCCUGCCCAAUGCCGAGAAGCAAACUGUCACACUCCUGCCAAGUCACCUCAGAGCUGCACAACGUCUCCGAGUCAACGCUCUGACUUAACUGCCAGUGGACUGACGGGACUGUAUGAAGCUCCUGAAGCUGCGAUUAACUCUUUAACUGCCUUCAAAUCUCCACCACCAGCAGACGAACCACCGUUCAACCCGUCACCAGAGAUCUGCUUCAUCACCGCCUCCAGUCAAGUCCCAACUCUGGAGGGACAUCCACCAAAACUUCCGCCUUACUGGUCUCCACUGACACCAUCACAGGACCAGUUCAGUCCACCAGGAGAGAGAGUCCCCUUCUCCCCCAUCUUGUCUUCAAGUCCUGCCAUGAACCAGCUAUGGACACCUAUCCACAGCGGCAGUCCAACAAGUCCGUCAACUGGAUCUCCUGCCACGCCUAAAACACCUCGGACAGAUUUGGCGUUCAGUAUGUCCCUCAGCCCGUCCAACAGCGUCAAGACCCACAGCUUCCCUCAGGGACAAGCCUUCGUCAGAAAGGACACAGGGGGACGAUGGAGCUUCACCUGGGUGCCAAGACAAGGACCGUAG